AUGGGAGGCGCAGGCGCAGGCGCGCCGCGGCGGCCGGGCGAGGCGGUCGAGGUGACGGAGCUGGAGCUGCGCAUCCAGCUGCUGGGUGGCGGCGGCGUUGGCGGCGCCGGCAGCGGCAGCUACAACAUCAACGACAACGACGACAUCCUGGCGGAGAUCCUGUCGCGCCUGGACGGGCGGUCGCUGGCCGCGGCCUCCUGCGUGUGCCGCCUCUGGGCCGCCGUGGCGCGCCGCGACGCCGUCUGGGAGGCGCUGUGCCUCCGCCACGUCGGCCCCCCCGCGCCACCGGCGGCCGCGGGCCCAGCCACCCGCGCCGUCGUCGCCGCGCUCGGCGGGUACCGCCGCCUCUACCGCCUCUGCCUCGGCCCGGCGCUGGAUCGGCUGGCGCAGGCGCAGGCGCAGGCGGCGCGGGCGCACCACCUGUCGCUCUCCCUCUCGCUCUCGCUCUUCUCCAUCGACUGCUACGAGCGCCUCGGCGGCGGCGGCGGCGGGGGACCCAGCGCCGGCAAGCGCGGGAGACAGCAGCCGUCGUCGCUGCUGUUCCUCUGCAAGCCCGUCGACGUGUCGUGA